AUGAGCAACUUCAGGAGAUUCCAGAUCGGCAGGCCCCAGAGUAAGGUGGCUGGCGCCAAUGCUGGACAGGCACCCACUCCGGGUGCCCAAUCCCAGGCUGCCCCAUCGGCCACUGGUGCUACGGCUCCUAGAGAAGAAGCUGACCUACGCUACAGUCUGCCCCUUCCCUUUCUCCCCCCCGCCAUGGCGCCUAUCGAUAUCUGUGUUAUCCAGGGGCAUGAGCUCGAGUUCCAAGCUGGGCCGACCAGCUUCCUCGGUCAGCGUGGGGUUACCAUAACAGAUGGGCGACUUUCGAUGUAUGCUGCAGGUUUUGGCGCAUUCGGAUGCGUGAUGAAGGCCAAGUGGAAGGGCCAAUCUGUCGCUGUCAAGAUACUGGUGAGGCCUCCGCUUGGCCUCCAAAGAUGCCACCCCAAGGAACAUUGAAUGGCUCUCCGAUGCAGAAUCAUGUGAAUAUUGAGGAGGUGAGGAAGGAGGUUCACGUGCUUUCACACGUCCAGCAUCCCAACUUGAUCAAGUUUCUCGGGCUGGCCGAGCAAGAGGGAAAACUCAUGAUUGUCACAGGCACGCGUUCUCUGCCCGUUCGAACGACUUCCAUGCAUAUGAUGGCGCUUGCAAUGUGUUGAUGCUUCAGAGCUGUGCAUUGGCGGCACAUUGCAUACAUUCAUGGCGGAGCUCAGGGAGAGACUUGAUGACAGCCUUCGCCAAAAGCUUGCCGAGCAGGUAACACAAAGAGAGGCGCAUCCUUGAUGAUGUUUGAUGGAUGAUGUUUGCAGGUCUGCGAGGGUGUCGCUGCUCUUCACGCACACAAAAUCGUCCAUCGCGACCUCAAGCCCGCCAACAUUCUCGUACGCAGCACGUAGAGCCUGACUCCUUGUCAGAUUGGAUGUGUGUGCGCCUCAGGUGGAUGGCCUGGGCAACAUCAAAAUCUCCGACUUCGGCCUGGCGAGAAUUAUAGAUGGCACGAGUCGGUCAGUGACUAUGGGUAAGAGAGCAACAUAUGUAGCAACAGACAGACAGACAGACCGGCAGACAGGCGGGUGGACAGAUAGAGAGACAGAUAGAGAGACACACAGAGAGAGACACCGACACACAGACACGGGCAGGUGGGAAGGCAGAGAGACAAGCGGGCAGGUGGGAAGGCGGGCAGACAGACAGAGAGACAGACAGACUUCACAUGCAGGCGGGCAAUUUCAGGACCUACGUGACAGCGUUGUUUAUGUGCAGGGGCUGGCACACACGGCUUCAUGGCGCCAGAGGCCUAUGAUCCAAGUAAGCAAUGGCAUAUGUAUCGCCGUUUUUCUCACGGAUCGUUGAUCUGCCUGCCCUGCAGCGAAGCGGCUAAGCUUCGCAUCUGACAUUUGGGGACUUGGAGGCAUCCUGGUGGAGAUUCUGGGAGGUAAGAGUGCAGUGUCCUUCUUGGCCUCUCUCAACCAUUCUCUCUGCGCCUGCUUCGCAGGGAAGAAACCCUUUCCUCAGUUGAGUGGACUGACACCGGAGCGGGCCAUGGGGGAGGCCAUGAGGCUGCACAAGGAGGGAGUGAAGGUUCGUCUGCAGCUAUAGGAGAUGCUGCUCUCGACAGACUCAUUGACAGCCUCUCUUGUCCUAAUCUCCUUGUUUAUUGACAGCCUGAGAUCCCCACGGGCAAGCUCUUCCCUCCCCAUGUCAGACGCAUCAUUGAGGUACAUUGCAAGGAAGGCACAGCAAAAUCCAUAUGCGCCGUCUCUGUGCAGAGAUGCUUUGAGUACGAACCGAGCAAGCGACCGACGGCCAAGGAGGUGCCAUUUGAUAUGAACAGACGAUCGUGUCUGUUUUCUCUGUUUCCUGUGUCUUUCCUAGGUGUUGGAUGCAUUGAAGGGCCCACCACCCAGAUCGAUGACGCCAAACCCCCAGCCGAUGGACAACAACGAGGCGAGUAAGGCUAUAUCCGGCUUACGCCUCAUUUGUGUGUAUCAGAGAUGGAUCGCUCGGAUUGCUUUUAUGAAUCAGACACCAUCACACUGCCAAAGCCGAUUUCGGUGCCCGUUUCGCCCUCGCCUGCACCACGACCGCAGACCGUCAAACAUGUACGGACAGACGGAAAGAAGAACGCACACGCAACAGGGAAUUGGGCGGGGGUGGACGUCCUUUAUGAAUGCAGAGUGACAUCUUUGAAGCCGUCAGAGCCAACGACAUCCAGUCCGUGGCCCACCUGAUCGACACGGAAAAGGAGAUACUCGACAAACGUUGGUCUGGGGUAUGCCAUCGCGAAGACGAUAGGACUGUACUCAGUGGUCUAUGUGUCCUCAUUUGUGCGUCCAGAUGACACCCUUUAUCGUGGCUGCACGUGAGGGUCACGUGGGCAUCAUAACGGUGAUGUAUGAGAGCAAACGUGACACACCGCAGCAAAGAGACAGCGUACCGACACCGAACAAGGCAUCCUGUGUGCUCUUGAUGAUGAGACGAUGUGUGUUGGCUGUGAUGGAAUGCAGCGUGGCUGGAAUGCCUUGCACUGGGCUGCACAGGAAAACCGUGUUGCGGUCGUCAAGCAGCUGCUGAAGUGGGAUCCCUCACUGAUCGAUGCACGCAACGAGGUGACAAAGCACACAUGUCUCCGAUGCCUCAUUGUGUCGAUUGUGCGUGUGUUGAUUACAGGAUGGCAGGACGCCAUGGGAUUUGGGGGAGAAAAAGCCGGAGAUCAGAGAGAUCAUGGAGAAAUACAAGUCUGCCCACGGUCAGUCAGUUAGUCUGUCCUCCCACGGGAGAAACAUCACUGUAUCCAUGCCGUGUGUGUGACAGCUGCCCAGCCUGCACCGCCAGUGAAAUACGUGAGAGGCAAAGUGUCCCAUCCCCAUCAAAGUGACAUGUGCAAACGACUGUUUUUCCUGUGCUAGAGGGACAUCUUUGCAGCCGUCAAAGCCAACGAUGUCCAGUCCGUGGCCCACCUGAUCGACACGGAAAAGGAGAUACUCGACAAACGAGAAGGUGGCUGGUGGAAGGUAUGCAACCGUGAAGCCGACAGAAACGAAGUCAGUGGUCGGUCUGUGUGUUCUCGUUCCUAUGGCGCAUUUCACACCGUUCCUUCGCGCUGCGGAGAGGGGUCACGUGGGCGUCAUGUCGGUCAUGUAUAAGAGCAAACCUGACAUACUGCAGCAAACAACCACCAGGGUACCGACGCAGACAAAGCAUCUUGUGUGCUGCUGGAAUUGAGGAGAAAAUGUGUUGGCUGUGGUGCAAUGCAGCCUGGCUGGAACGCCAUACACUGGGCUGCCACUAACGGCCAUGUUGCGGCUGUCAAUAAGCUGCUGGAGUGGGAUCCCAAACUGAUCGAUGCACGCACGAAUGUAACAGAGCACACACAUGUUCCAGACGCCUCAGUGUGUGUGUCGAUUGUGUGUGUGUGUUGAUUGCAGAAAGGCGGCACGCCAUUCAUGGAGGCUGCCUUCUGGGGUCGUGUUGAUGUGAUGGAGGCAAUGUAUGCCAAACGAAAGGACCUUCUCACACAGACGGACGAUGUGAGACACGCAUGGAGAUACACAGAAUGCCCCUCGUUUGAUUGCCUUUCCCUGUGUGCAUGACACACAGGACGGAUACACGGCACUCCACCAUGCUGUGCUCAAUGACAAAUCUGCGGCUGUGUCUCAGCUGUGA